AUAAUUUUGUAAAUUUAUCUGGCCACCCUUGCAUUUGUUUUAUGCGCGAGGUUUCAUUGACAAUAAAAAGUUUAUUUUGUUUACCUAUCUCUGUAAUAGAAAUUAUCAAUCUUUCUAUCAGAAUCUGUUAAAAUCGUUACAAUAUUACCGAGAAGCGCUGCAACAUGACUAAGGAUAAACGAAUAGACGAAGAUGAAAAAAAGCCCUCCGAUAUUACCACUGGAGCUGGAGGCAACAACGAUCCGGUGGGACCGAUUGUCCGGAAAGGAGCGUUAUUGUCCUUUCGUACUAAGAAGCUUAUGAAUAUUCCCGCUAAAGACAUGUACGGAAGAUGUCGAUUUGUUUCCGUGUUCCAGAAAUGUAAUCGGGUUGGCGAAGGCACUUACGGAAUUGUCUUUCGAGCGCGAGACUCGGAGAGUAAAGAAAUUGUAGCACUCAAAAAAGUUCGGAUUGAUCAGGAAAUGUUUAAGGAUGGCUUUCCAGUUAGCGGUCUGCGGGAAAUUCAAAUUCUAAAAAAUUGCAGUCACGAAAAUGUUGUCGAACUUAAGGAAGUCGUGGUAGGCAACAGUCUGGAGAGCAUAUUUUUGGUAAUGGAAUUUUGUGAGCAAGAUUUGGCCUCUUUGUUGGAUAACAUGGAGACACCUUUUUCCGAAUCGCAAGUGAAAUGCAUCGUAAUCCAGCUAUUGAAGGGGUUGAAGUAUCUACAUUCCAACUUCAUCAUCCACCGAGAUUUAAAAGUAUCCAAUUUGCUGCUGACCGACAAAGGUUGUCUGAAGAUUGCAGACUUUGGUUUGGCUCGUUAUGUGAGUGAUUCGGAAAAGCCAAUGACUCCUGGUCUAGUAACGCUUUGGUAUCGUCCACCGGAGCUUCUAUUCGGAUCAAAGGUGCAAACUACUGCAGUGGACAUGUGGGCUACGGGCUGCAUUUUGGGAGAGCUGUUAGCUCAUAAACCACUUAUGCCAGGCGUCAGCGAAAUCUCCCAAAUCGAGCUAAUCAUUGAAUUAUUGGGAACCCCUUCGGAAACCAUUUGGCCAGAUUAUUCAUCAUUACCAGCGGUGCAGAACUUCACCCUCAAAUCUCAACCAUACAACAACCUCAAGCCAAAAUUUGCCUGGCUCUCCUCCGCUGGGCUGCGUUUACUGAAUUUUCUCUUUAUGUACGAUCCCAAAAAACGUGCCACCGCUGAAGAAUGUCUUCAGAGUAGCUAUUUCAAGGAAGCUCCGUUGCCAUGUGACCCUAAGCUGAUGCCAACAUUCCCACACCACCGGGAUCUGAAAAACAUUCCCAAGGAAGCGGCGGAAGUGCAGCCUCCAUCUUCUUCUAAGACUUCAUUCGACCCGACCACAAUGCCUACCAUUUCGGAUUUAUUGGGUUCAUUAGUCAAAAAACGUCGAACUGAAUAAUCUACUAAAAUAAAAGGCUAAUAAAUACAUUUGUGUGCUUUAA